AUGGCUGUGAAUUGCCGCCACCGUCUUGAGCCGAAGCUGGACCCGUUAUACUUCGGAAACGCUAUACAGAGCAUUCCGACUCUCGCAUCAGCCGGCGACGUGUUGUCAAAGAAUUUGCGCUGGUGCGCCAAGCAAUUAAAUAAGAACGUGUUGGCGCACGAUAAGGAUACAGUGAGGAAGUAUGUAGAGGAUUGGGAGCGAGACCCACGGUGUUUCCCUUUGGGCAAUUUCGAUGGAGGGAUGAUCACAAUGGGAAGUUCUCCUAGAUUUCCAAUGUACGAGAAUGAUUUCGGGUGGGGUAGACCCGUAGCUGUUCGAAGCGGGAAAGCUAAUAAAUUUGACGGGAAGAUUUCAGCAUUCCCUGGUCGUGAAGGUGGUGGGAACGUGGAUUUAGAAGUGAUUUUGGCAUCGGAGACUAUGGCAGGUCUAGAGUCUGACCCGGAGUUCAUGCAAUAUGUCACGGGUUAUUAA